CCUGCACCCCUGGGGCCCAAGUUCUCCAGUCGGAAGGGGACUAUAAGGAGAGAGAGAGGGGCUACUGGAAGAAGAAGAAGAAAAAAAGAACUAGAUAGAGGAGGGCGCCUCCCUCCCACUCCUGCCUGUCCCCUCUCCCUACUUUCUCUCUGGACUCCUAUUUCUCCAUUGUGGUGUCCAGGACCAUUUUGACCCUGUCGGCCCCGGCACCCCCCCGCCGCACCCCAGCGCCGAGCAUGGGGACGGCGCUUCUCCAGCGCGGGGGCUGCUUUCUCCUGUGCCUCUCGCUGCUGCUCCUGGGCUGCUGGGCCGAGCUGGGCAGCGGGCUGGAGUUCCCGGGCGCCGAGGGCCAGUGGACGCGCUUCCCCAAGUGGAACGCCUGCUGCGAGAGCGAGAUGAGCUUCCAGCUGAAGACGCGCAGCGCGCGCGGCCUCGUGCUCUACUUCGACGACGAGGGCUUCUGCGACUUCCUGGAGCUGAUCCUGACGCGCGGCGGCCGCCUGCAGCUCAGCUUCUCCAUCUUCUGCGCCGAGCCCGCCACGCUGCUGGCCGACACGCCGGUCAACGACGGCGCCUGGCACCACGUGCGCAUCCGCCGCCAGUUCCGCAACACCACGCUCUUCAUCGACCAGGCGGAGGCCAGGUGGGUGGAGGUCAAGUCCAAGCGCAGGGACAUGACGGUGUUCAGCGGCCUGUUCGUCGGGGGGCUGCCCCCGGAACUGCGCGCCGCGGCGCUCAAGCUCACCCUGGCCUCGGUGAGGGAGCGGGAGCCCUUCAAGGGGUGGAUUCGCGACGUGAGGGUCAACUCCUCGCAGGCCCUGCCCGUGGACAGCGGCGAGGUGAAGCUGGACGACGAGCCGCCCAACAGCGGCGGCGGCAGCCCGUGCGAGGCGGGCGAGGAGGGCGAGGGCGGGGUGUGCCUCAACGGGGGCGUGUGCUCCGUGGUGGACGACCAGGCCGUGUGCGACUGCUCGCGAACCGGCUUCCGCGGCAAGGACUGCAGCCAAGGUCUGGCGCACCUGAUGAUGGGCGACCAAGGUAUGGGCUCUGUUCCUUUUCCACUCUGCUUUCAGUGUUUUCUUGUUCUGUAGCUGCUUUCAAACCAUCACUGCAAAGGAUGGACAAGUGCUUGUAAAUUAUCUGGCUGCAAAAUUAAAUACAUAACUUUUGUUCACA